AUGGCGGACUUCACGUUGAUUCCCAGUGGGAGUGGGAAUGGUUAUACGGGGAUGCUGACGAGAAGCAUUGUAUUCUCCGGCACCCUUCUUGUUUUCCUUGCAGCCUCGGGGAUGACGAUUGCUUCUAUAAUCGUGCCCAACUGGGUUGCCUACGACGGGAAUACAGGCCACGGUUCGAUACAUUACACCUAUGGCCUUCACCAAAGAUGUUCCAACACGAACAUGCCUCCGACUUCUGAUCCAUAUCUAUCCUCCUCCCUCAAAUGUGUUCAAUUUCCGCGCUAUUCGGACUGUCAUGCCGAGAAUCGAUAUUUCUGCAGCAUGUGGAGGUCCGUUGGCUUUUUGAUGUCGUUCGCUGUUGUAUUGGAGGGAAUGACAAUCGCAGCCUUCGCGGUAUUGCUGGUGGGAGGCAAACAGAAGCGUGAACAAGGCUGGGGCGCCCUCACCAUCUUGGUGACACUGGCAGCAGCAGUCCAAGCCAUUGGAAUGGCUUUGAUGGCAUGUGCUUACUUAUUCGAGAACGACGAACGCUUCUUCUCCGGGUGGUAUCUUGAUAAGAGUUGGACAAUGUGCACAGUGUCCUGGAGCUUUCAGGUACUGUGUGCAAUCUGUAUCACACUGGCUGCUGUGGUGUUACCUAGUGAGGGCGGAUACGAGCUGAUACCCGACCAUGCUUGA